UUUACCGUCGCGUCAGCAAAUAAGAUAAUUACAUUAUAUCAAGUUGCCAGUCAUAUCUUCCUUUAUGACAUCAGUUCACAGAGAGGAGCGAGUAAACAAGUUGUGCUAUUCCUUGGAUAAUAUUCCUCGUAGUUUCAUUCAACUUGGCACAUAUGAUAAGAAAUAUUAAAUUUAAUAUAAUAACGUAAACACCGUUUUUUUUAUUCAUUGUUCAAAAAUGCGUUUAGAAAUACCGAUUUUCACGAGAUGCUGUUGCUGUUUCCCUUUGCGUCGUGGAAUUAUUAUUCUGGGAUAUUUAAGCUUGGUGUUUGCUGUUUUUGUAAUUUGGAUGGAAACACAAAUGACAGAGAACUGGUCGGAUGAUACCUUGACCUUAUUCAGAGGUGCAACCUUCUCUGUUCAAAGAUGGUUACCAAUUUUCUUGUAUUGUAUUGAAAUUGGAUUUAUAUUAAUUCUGCUGGUGGGAGCUCAUACGAGGAGACCUACCCUAAUACGUGUGUAUUAUUACUAUGGAAUAACGACGACUGCUGCAGCGUUGGCUGUCUACCUGCUCACUAUGCCGAGGAGAGAGCAACGCUUCCCCAGCUACUACCUUAUCGACAUAAGCACUAUGUUUAUUGGACUAGUGGACGAGUCGACGCCGCGCGACACUACCCUGAACGCGUACCUGCGCUACACGCUAGCGCUGCCGGGCACUAAGGCUAUGUGCCAUGAAGGCGGUUGCGGAGCAUGCAUUGUGUCUGUGCGCGCUCGGCGCGCUUCGGGCGCUACGGAGACGUUUUCUGUCAACUCCUGUUUGGUGCUGGUAUUUUCCUGCCACGGCUGGGAGAUCACGACGAUCGAAGGCGUGGGUAACCGGCUCACCGGCUACAGUGACGUGCAGAAACGCAUCGCAGCUUUUAAUGGAAGCCAGUGCGGCUACUGUACGCCGGGAUGGGUCAUGCAUAUGACUAGUCUGCAGGACAAGCACCUAACGAUGGCAGAACUGGAGCGGUCCUUCGGCUCCAACACCUGCCGCUGUACUGGCUUCAGACCCAUCCUGGAUGCCAUGAAGUCCUUUGCUAUAGACGCCAGCGCGGACCUCUGCCAGAAGGUGAACGACAUCGAAGAUCUCAAGAUUUGCAGCAAAACCAACUCCAUCUGUGAACGCCGCUGCUCCGGAUUCAGCGAGGGCAGUGACUGGAGCGUCAUCAGCGACCACAUGGAGUUAGAAAAGAAGAAGAUCGAGAAAAUAAUCUCUUUCACUUUUGGGAACCAGAAGUUUUUCAAAAUUUUUGACGAGGACGACGUGUUUGAUCUGCUGAACAAGUAUGGCGUGGAUUCGUAUAUGUUUGUGGAUGGUAAUACCGGGAAAGGAACGGUUGAGACAUUCGAAUAUCCCCGAAUCUUAAUAGACAUCAGUGCAGUAAAGAGUCUGAAAAAGUACGAAUUUGACCAGAAUUUGAUACUUGGCGCUAACAUGGCACUGGAAGAUUGCAUAACUCUAUUUAAAGAAACCGCAAAGUCUCAAACUGAAUUUUCGUAUUUGGCUGAAUUUGUAAAACAUUUAGAGCUUGUAGCACACAUUCCCGUUCGAAAGAUUGGUUCCUUGGCCGGUAAUUUGAUGUUGAAGCACGAGAACCCUGCAUAUCAGUCCGACGUGUUUCUGCUUUUGGAAGCGGUUGGAGCUGUCGUGGUCAUCAAGCGGAGUAACGGGAAUAAGAAAAGUCUUUCGCUGUUAGAUUUUUUGAAGUACGACAUGCGGGGUGUGCUUAUGGUGGCCAUAGAACUGCCUCCAUUGAGCAGCAAACAUGUGUUUAGAAGCUAUAAGAUAAUGCCCCGAAACCAAAACGCCUUAGCCAUCGUCAACGCAGCGUUUCUCUUCAAAAUCAACCCCAAAACGAAGGUCAUCGAAGAUGCCGUCAUCUGCUAUGGAAAUAUUUCUCCCACAUUCGUGCAUGCAAAAGGCACUGAGGCGUUUUUAAAAGGGAAAAUGGUGUUCAACAAUGUGACCUUGCAGGCUGCCAUCAAGAUUUUGAGCAAAGAAAUCGUGCCUAAAUAUGAUCCGGCACAACCUUCUAGUGAUUUUAGGAAGAAGCUGGCCAUUGGUUUGUUUUACAAGGUGAUCUUAAAUAUCUGCCCGCCCAACGCGCUCAACCCUCGCUACCGCUCAGGCGCCACCCUUGUCCAGCGGCCUUUAUCCCACGGCAACCAGGAGUUUCAGACUGACUCCUCACUGUACCCGCUCAACCAGCCCGUGACUAAGCUCGAGGCCGUGAUCCAGGCGGCAGGCGAGGCCAAAUACGCCAACGACAUCCCGCCCAUGCCGAGGGAGGUGUUCGGGGCCUUCGUACAAUCCACUGUGCACUCGGGGGAACUCGUGUCGGUUGACAGUCGUGAUGUCUUGGAUAUAGAAGGAGUUAUAGCAGUGUACACCGCCAAAGAUAUUCCUGGCGUAAAUUCCUUCACCGUACCAGGGUUCCAACUGCUAGAUGAGGAAGAAGAAAUAAUCGCCAGCAAAAACAUCUUAUUCUACGGCCAACCCGUGGCGAUCGUCAUUGCCACCUCAGAAGAAUUAGCUGUUAAAGUCGCCAAGAAUGUAAAAGUGACUUAUAAAAAUGUUCCAUCAUCAGCUCCCGUGCUAACUAUAGACCAGGCAAAGAAGGAUAGUAAGAGAUACGUCCCAAACGACUCAGCCGCUAUUAAGCCUAAAGGGAAAGGGGAUGAUGUGAAGAAGGUGAUAAAGGGCGUAUAUGAGAUAGAGGGGCAGUACCACUAUUACAUGGAGCCGGUGACGUGUGUUGUGGUUCCGGUGGACCAGGGGCUGGAGGUGUAUGACUCGACGCAGUGGAUGGACCUCACGCAGAGGGCUAUAUCGCGAUGCUUGAAUAUUAAUGAGAGCGAUGUCCAUCUGAAAGUCCGUCGUAUCGGCGGUGGCUUCGGCGGUAAGAUCAGCCGCAAUGUCCGCGCGUCAACAGCUUGUGCGCUAGCCGCCAAACUGCUCAACACACCCUGCCGAUUCAUAGUGCCGCUGCAGACCAAUCUGGCCACGGCUGGCGGGCGACUGCCCUGCCAGUGCGAAUACGAGGUGGGCGUAAAUGAUGAUGGCAAGAUUCAGUACUUGAAUGCAACAAUCGUCGAGGACAAUGGUUGUUCCAACAACGAGACUGUCCUAUCUUACGCUACUUCGGGCUUUACUAACUGCUAUGUGCCCGACUACUUUGACGUCAAGAUGGCCGCUGUCACGACGGAUACACCGUCUAAUACUUUUGCGAGAGCACCAGGCACUUCCGAGGGCAUGGCCUGCGUUGAACACAUCAUGGAACAUAUCGCCUUCGCAGUCCAGAAGGACCCGACCGACGUGCGCAUCGCCAACAUGCGUACCGAUGACAAUGACCUCCCCACGCUCAUUGAGAUGUGGAAGAAGGAAACCGACUACGAAAAACGCCUACAAAGCAUCCAGGAGUUCAACAAAGCUAAUCGCUGGAUGAAAAAAGCCAUUAAAAUCAAUAUAAUGAGUUUCCCAGUAGAAUAUUAUGGGAAUUAUUCGGCCAUGAUAUCGAUUUAUCGAGGAGAUGGCACGGUGACUGUGACCACGGGGGGAGUUGAAAUGGGCCAAGGCGUCAACACCAAAGUUGCCCAGGUUGUCGCUUACAAACUAGGAAUACCGCUGGAGAUGGUUACCGUCCUCCCGAAUUAUUCAUUCACGGCUGCAAAUAAUGUAUUUUCUGGUUCUAGUAUUGUCAGUGAGUGCGUUUGUUACUCUGCUCUCAAAUCAUGUGAUACUCUGAUUGAGAGACUGCAGCCUCUUCGGGAAAAAAUGUCGAGCCCAUCUUGGAGUGCGUUGAUCAAGCAGGCUGGGGAUGAUCAGAUCGAUUUGACAGCGACCUACAUGAUGACUGACAAGGAAAGCGACUUGACUGCGUACAGUGCGUUUGCUGUGGCCAUUUUGGAAGUUCAGUUGGACGUCUUGACAGCUAGAUAUGAGAUCUUGCGCUGCGAUAUAUUAGAAGAUGUCGGAUUGAGCGUGAAUCCAACUAUUGAUAUUUCACAGGUGGAAGGCGCUUACGUUCAAGGCCUAGGUUACUUCACUACGGAAAAACUAAUUCGAGAUCCGCAGACCGGUCGGCUGCUCAGCAACCGUUCCCUCACCUAUCACGUGCCUCUGGCCCUGGACAUACCUGCAGACUUCAGGGUUAAACUGAGGUUCAACUCCAAGAACACAACCGGAGUAUUAGGCUCUAAAGCGGUAGGGGAGAUGGGAAUUUGCACGGCGCAUGGCAUCACGCACGUGCUGAGGCAGUGCAUUCACGAAUCCAGAAGAGACUCAAAAUACGAUACCACGAACUGGAUCAAUAUUGAUGUUCCAUACGACGCGGAGUCAAUUAUGAAAGCUCUAGAUGUCCAGCUGGAAGAAUUUCUUAUUACAUAAGUAAUAACUAGUCGUCAAAGCGGACCCCAGGCUUCCAUGAGCCGUGGCAAAUGCCGGGAUAACGCAAGGAUGAUGAUGAUGAUGAUAGGUAAUAACUAAUGAGGCCAUCGAUCGGUACAAAUAUUUAGUAUAGUCAGAAAAUAUUUUUAGUAUAAUACCUGAACCUAACCUACCUUUGUCACUAUUACGAGUACAUACACCGUGUCUUUAUUGAAUUCCGUUAACUUAGACAUAUGCUUAGAUCCAUUAUAGGAAACAGAAUAGCAUAAGUAGUUAGUUUUUUUUUAAUUCGUAACCUUUUUGCCUGCGAUAGAUGUUACAUCAAUAAUUGCUGUUAAGAAACGGGCUUUGUCUUCGAUAUGCGAUUGACACGUCAUUGUUUUGACACUUACUUAGUGUGAUUUAAUUGUAAAGCCCGUUUCUCAAUCGGCAAUUAAAGUAACAUCUAUCUAUGUAUUAUGAUUAUCCCAU